GUGAGUUACUUCUUUGUAGUUGAUGUCCAAGAUCAUCUACAUACCACCAUUAUCAAUUUGAAACAUCCACAAGAAAAUCAGUAAAUUGGUAUAAGUCAAAUGAAAUUUUUGACAACCAACUGCCAAAAAAAAACUAUCAAAUUGUCAGUUUUUGUCAACAUAUGAAUAUUUACAAUGUUAUGUAGGAAAUUGAGAAAAAUUAGUGAUUUGUGCAGAAAUUAUUCGAGUUCAGUAAAAAGAUUGUUAGUAGAUCCAAAGGUAAAAUAUAACUUGACGUUAUAUAAAAAAGUUAAUGCGAAUCAUAAUGUAAGGAUUUUUACUUUUAAGCUACCCGAAGAUGACAUGGUAUUAGGCCAUUCUUGUGGACAACACUGUUCAUUUUAUGCCAAUAUUGGAGGAGAAACUGUUUCAAGAACUUAUACACCAACAUCAAUUUGUUCUACAAGAGGUUAUGCGGAAUUUAUGAUAAAGAUUUAUUUUAAAAACGAAGACCCGAAAUAUCCGGCUGGUGGUAAAAUGUCACAGCAUUUGGAGAGUCUGAAAAUUGGCGAUGUAAUUAAAGUAUCUAAUCCUUCUGGUAAAGUUAUUUAUAUGGGAGGAGGUAGACUCUAUAUAACACAUAAAAGUGGGACAGCUGAAGUAAACACCAAGAAACUUGGAUUUAUCGUAGGUGGAAUUGGAAUUACUCCUGUAAUACAAAUGUUGCGGACAAUAAUAAUCGAUCCUGAAGACCACAUAUACUGUACCCUCAUCUAUGCUUCCAAAACAGAAGCAGACAUUAUUUGCAAAGAAGAAUUAAACGACAUGGCUAAAAAAAUGGAGGGUCGGUUGAAAAUCUGGCACACGCUAGAAGAACCUCCUCCUGACUGGCGAUUCGGCAAAGGGUUCGUUUCAAAAGAUAUGCUGAGAGAUCAUCUUUUUCCACCAGGUCCAGAAUCGUUAAAUUUGCUAUCGGGACCUUGGCCGAUGCUUCAAGCUUUGGGAAAACAAUUAACAGAUCUGGGUUAUAGUAAACAAAUGUAUACUAGAUAUUUUUGAAUAAAUUUUAUCAACAU